AUGCGCCAUCUUGAUCGAAUUUCCGACAAAAACUACGUGCCAACUGACCAGGACUUGAUGCACAUUUCACCAGUGGUCCAAACACUAGGCAUCUCACGCUCUGUCUUCACAGUUGGCAACAUACCAUAUUCUGUAUACGACGUUGGAGGCUCCCGAUCCGAAAGACGGAAAUGGAUUCACGAAUUCGAAGAUGUUGAUAUUGUCCUCUUUCAGGCUCCUGUAGGGGCAUACGAUGAACGACUACGUGAAGAUAAAUACUCGGUACAGUCAUUAAACCUUUUCGAGUCCCUUGUCAACUCAAGAUGGUUCUCCAACACAACAUUCUUUGUCAACUUCACAAAAAGAGACCUCUUUGAGCAAAAGGUCAACAGUAGUCACGUCCCAAUUUCUGACUUUCAUCCUGAGUAUCAAGGAGACCCAGGUGAUGUGAAAGCAGGGGUUCAAUUUUUCAUUGACGAGUUUCAAACCAGAGUUGAGGAGCAUCCGGGCGGUUCUAUCCAUAUGACUGUUCUUGAUACGACCGACACAGCUCAGGCGACAUUGUUGUUGCAAAGGGUUGUUCAAGUGGCUGAGGCGAAGAGGAAGUCUGCCUUUAUUUGA